AUGCGAGUCUACCAUCUUUCUGAUCCCAAUGCUCAAACUCGCAGUUUUGAUCUCGGAUCCCUAAGCUAUCGAAUUCUAUAUCGCGAAUUGUGGAAAAGGAGCGAUUCAGACGAACCCGAGGACAGGCGCCAAGUCUUCAUUCAAAGUCGUAUUUCCAUCCCAGAUUACGAAAACUUGAAGGACAGGAUGCAGUCCAACGUUGUUGAGGCCGAUUCUUCUUCAGCAGGUAUCGUGGAAGAUGACGACGAUGCAGCAGCCGCAUUAGCUAGCGUCGACCCCGGCAUCCCUCGGAUUCCAUUCGAUUACACUCGGCUUGAUUUGUCGUGGCUGCCUAGCCCCAUGGUAAGGCGUCAGGUGCUGGUUCGACAGGAGUAUAAGGAUGCGAUGGCGAGUUUCGAGGAAAACCAGAAGCCGGUCGUCUUGACUGGUCAGCCUGGUGUCGGAAAUAGUCUAUUCCUGAUAUACGCUCUGGUUGACCGGCUGAUCAAAGGAUUGCCGACCAUUUACGCGCCCCACGCCGAUGCGUUCUUCUUAUUCAGAGAGUCAGGCGCCUACCAAUUCGGUGGAACUGAGAUGGACUUCGUAUUCCUACGCCAGGAGUUGUCCAAAAUACAUGGCGGGGACGUUCCCGGAGGGAAUAUCGAUGGCACGGAUAAAGGAUGGAUCUUGUUUGAUUCGAAUGAAAGUCAAGCGAUACCACAAUGGUAUAGCUUCUUCUUCCAUACGUGGAAGGUUAUCCUUUCCUCUUCCCCGAAACCUAGCAGGUACAACGAAUGGGCGAAACAACAAGGGGCUAACAAAUAUAUCAUGAAGCCCUGGUCCUGGUGUGAGAUAUACGCUGCGAUGCCACUACAAGAGAUUAAUCGUCAGCCCACUGAUCGGGAACUUUGGGACGCCUACAGUGAGUUUGGUGCGUCUGUGCGCACCGUGUACUGGUCCUGCGUGCACCGGUCCUGCGUGCACCGUGCGCAGUAUCUGUUAGAAAUUUGGUUCGCAUUGAACAAAUGUCAGGAUCCCAACACUCUGUUCCCACUGGGAGACGGUGGUUGGGAUGAUUCGGUGAGCGACGUACUAGUGAUUGUAGGCCCGGCAACUUUGGACGGGAAGAUUUAUCGAGGCAUCAUGCACGGGAAGGUCGCCACUCCAUUCAUUUGGGACAUGAUUCAUCAGCAUGCGCAGCAUUUGUUAGGAUCGUCCAUGCGCAAAAUCUACAAUAGGCUCUUGUCGGGUCAUCUCUCCAGAGGGACGGCGGGAAGCAUCUUUGAAUAUACCGCGCAUCACGUCCUUUCAGCUGUUGGGACACAGAGCUACGCCAUUAGGUCUCUUUCGAGUGGUCAUAAUUCUUCGUCUCAGACUCAGUGGGACCUUUCUAUGACUUCGCAAGCGGUCGUCUUCGAGAAGAUCUCUCAGAUCUCUGGUAAUCUGGCGCCACGCACGUACUACCGUCCGCUGAAUUCAAAUAUCCCGAGUAUUAAUUCUUUCACGUUCGUUGAUGGGACACCAAUCCUAUUUCAGUUCACAACCAGUCUGGAUCAAUCAAUCAAAGUGCAAGGACUACAAAGAGUCGCGAACAUUCUUCCUACCAAGAGUCGGUAUAGGAAGAAGUGGAAGUUGGUCUUCGUAGUUUCCACAGAUAUCGAACCAGGGUUUAAGUACCAGCUCUACGAGCCACCCUCUCGCGAAACAUGGGAGGAAAGAGUGGAACAAUAUGUUAUGGGACUGAGUGCCGAGCAGUUGUUUCCGACUGCUGGGAUGGAACAGGUAGUGGGCUCGUCUUCGGCGGAUGCUGAGGAAACCAAUUUUCCGCCGCAUGCGAGCGAGUCAAGCAUGCUGGCUGGCACAUCGAACGCCGUGCUGGCAGCUCUUGCACCCUCAUUGCGCUCUGUUGGCGCCACGACACAGGCUCAAAGAUCGGCGCACAAAAGGAAGCGAGCAAGCAGCAAAUCAAACCGGUAG